UCGGGAUUGCUUCUGAGCAGGGUUCUUCAGAGAUUUUAAUUGUUUGGAAAUUUAUUUGAGUCGUAUUCUUUUAAAAUUUUUAGUUAAUAAUAAGCCAGUGUGGAGUUAAAAUAUCUAGAAAAUAAAGAAUAAUGUUUAUUUAUUAUUUUUUAGUCUAAUGCUAUUUUGGCUAUUAUGGUCGUUUGGUUGAACAUAUAUGUGCUUUGUGCAACGCGCAUUUUUAUAGUCAACGAAACUGAAUGUUUCGGACUGUUUAUGCUGAAGUGCUAAGGAUUAGAAGGGAUUUAUAUAUUAAAGGUUGGAAAACAAUAGAUGGAACUCGGAAAGAAAAGAUUUGCCAUUUUGCUCUUGGAUAUUUUUUACGCCAUUUUAAGAUAUAAAGGUGGUCGGAUGCCUGGCGUAAGAAACACAGAUAGACGUCGACCGCAAAAUAUUUCUUCAACUUCAUCUUUAGCGCCACGCGUUGUAUUGUCCCGGUUGGAACCAAGAGAAUUUGAACGGCUCAAGCUAUCAUAUAAAGUAGCUCUUAUUGACCAAAGAAAAACCAGAAGCUGCCGUGGUAUGAACAUGGGCCAAAAAAUAAGUGGAGGUUCAAAAUCAGUUAGUCGAAAUGAUUCACAGGCGAACUUUAAGCCAAUAAUACCACGUGAACUUGCAGCUGAUUUUAUUAAACCCACUCGUUUAGAUAUCCUAUUGGAUAUGCCACCAGCAAGUAAAGAAGUCCAGUUGAAACAUUCGUGGAACUCAGACGACCGAUCACUAAAUAUAUUUGUAAAAGAAGAUGAUAAAUUGACUUUUCAUAGACAUCCUGUAGCUCAGAGCACAGAUUGUAUUCGUGGGAAAGUUGGUCUUACAAAAGGAUUACACAUAUGGGAAAUAUAUUGGCCUACAAGGCAAAGAGGUACACAUGCAGUGGUAGGAGUAGCCACAGCUGAAGCACCUUUGCAUUCAGUCGGCUACCAAAGCUUAGUGGGCUUGUCAGAUCAAAGUUGGGGUUGGGAUUUAGGUAGAAAUAAACUAUAUCAUGAUUCUAAAAACUGUGCUGGAAUCACUUAUCCAGCCAUACUUAAAAAUGACGAAGCCUUUUUAGUCCCGGAUAAAUUUCUUGUUGCUUUGGAUAUGGACGAAGGUACGUUAAGCUUUAUUGUUGAUCAACAAUACCUCGGGAUUGCAUUUAAGGGGCUCAAAGGGAAAAAACUGUAUCCUGUCGUUUCUGCUGUCUGGGGCCACUGUGAAAUUACAAUGAUAUACAUUGGUGGAUUAGAUCCUGAACCCUUGCCGCUAAUGGAUCUAUGUAGAAGGACUAUCCGCCAAAAAGUUGGGCGCUCACAUUUAGAGGAGCGUAUUCAAGAAUUACAACUUCCUUUAUCCAUGAAGAAGUACCUCCUGUACAAAAAUCGAAGAUAAUACUUUAAUAUAAGUUUUAAUUAAGAUUUAAUUUACAUUUAAAAAAAACUUCACUGUCAAAUAGUAUCGUUAAAGCUGCAAAUGUUGCCACUAUUACACGCGUAAGAUCUCCAAAAAUUCGGUCUAUUUUCAAUAACAAACGUAUUCAGUGUAAUUAUAACAUUCUUUACUUUUGACUACAGACUCUCGUAUUAAAAAUAUUUUAUUAGAUAAGCCUAAAAAGUAUCUUGCUUCCCUGCAUAAGGAAGCUUAGAAUAGCAUAGAAAAAAAGCUGUAGGCAUGUUUAGAUUGUUUAUUUGAAUUAUACAAUAAAUUCACAUAAGUAUACAUUUUUCUUGCAGCAAUCGUAAUAAUUGUAAUAAUUUAUAUAAAUAUGUCAAUACCAUUAAUUUCUAAGAUCUAUCGGUGAAAGUGAGUAAUGGUACUAGAAAGUGUAAAAUCUUUAUUGACGAAAUCAUAUGUUUGUUUAAUAAUAUAAUUUCUGAUACAGUAAUAUAGAUAUUUGCCAAUUUUUC